AUGUCCACGGGCUAUUUCCAGGAGCGUGCAACGCCCAUCUCCCAGAAUGGUGCUUCACCAGCCACCCCGUCUGUAGCAUCUCGUGGCGCCAAUGCCCUGUCUAGUCGAAUCACGAGCGUGCUCUCCGCUUCUUACGCGGAUUUAGAGAUUCGCGAUGCUUUGGAGACACUCGAUGCUCGUCAAAUACAAAACUCAGCAGAGACCAGACGUCAACUCCGGUUGCAUGUUCAGAAAGAAGUGAUUCAAUGUAAUGGCGAGAUCGUAAAGGACUUUGGAGAGGUUGCUGAGCAACUGAAGCGCAUUGGAACGGCCAUCAGUAGUUUGAACAGCUACUGUGCUGACAUGCGAAGUCAUAUUGCAGCUGCAAAUCGAGAAACUGGACCCGUUUUGGAGGAGGCCACCAAUCUGAUGAAUCAGAAGAAACAGGCCGAAACCAAGCAACAAAUUCUGCACGCCUUCCAGUCUCAUUUCAUCAUAUCUGAAGAAGAAGCCACCGUACUUUCGUACACCGCGGAACCCGUCAACGAGGAUUUUUUCCAAGUGCUCACCCGGGUCAAGAAGAUUCACCACGACUGCCAGGUACUACUCGGAACCGAAGACCAGCGACUGGGCUUGGAAGUACUGGAGCAGAGUUCAAAGCAGCUGAAUGCCGCUUUCCAGAAGCUCUACCGCUGGAUACAGCGCGAGUUCAAGACUCUGGAUCUAGAGAACCCACAGAUUAGCGCCUCCGUGAGACGGUCUUUGCGUGUGUUGGCAGAACGGCCUGCUUUGUUUCAGAGUUGUCUGGAUUCGUUUGCUGAGGCGCGAGAGUCCAUCUUGUCCGAUUCGUUCCACGCAGCGCUGACUGGAUCGACAUCUGAAGCGGAGCAUAUUGCCACGAAGCCGAUUGAAUUUCACGCUCACGAUCCUCUACGCUAUGUUGGAGACAUGCUCGCUUGGGCUCAUUCGGCUACUGUGUCGGAACGGGAAGCUCUAGAAAAUUUGUUCAUCUCGGAUGGUGAUGAGAUCAAGCGUUCCAUCCAAGCAGGUCUCGAGAGCGAGCCAUGGUUGAGGGAUGAUGGAGACGAAGAAGUGUUUGACGGGAAGAAGGCUCUGAACCAGCUCGUCAGCCGGGAUCUGACAGGCGUAGCACGUCUGCUGCGACAAAGAACAGAGCAAGUGAUCCAGAGCCACGAGGACGCCACUCUGGCAUACAAGAUUGCAAACUUGAUCGGCUUCUACAAGAGCACAUUCGUCAAGCUCCUCGGCUCGGAUUCCGAAGUCAUGGACAUGUUCGACACACUAGAAGGCUCAGCCAUGCGACAAUUCCGCGCCAACAUGAGGGACUACGUCGCCGCUGUGCAGAGCGACGUAGCCGUCGCACCAGCCGACCUCUCACCCCCUGAGUUCCUAGACGACGCACUCAAAACACUCAAAGCUCUCGCCAAAAGCUACGACACAUCCGUCACGACAAUGGACGACGGCGAAAACGACUUCGAAUCCGUCCUCACUGAGGCACUCGACCCCUUCAUACACGGCUGCGAAAACUUAACCAAGCGAAUGCAGCAGCCCGAAAGCGCAAUCUUCGCUAUCAACUGCCUCGUCGCGGUCAAAGAUGUCCUCGCGCAAUACACCUUCGCUAGCGAGCGGGUGGGCGAGAUGGACGACACCAUGGACGAGCAUGUUGCGGAGCUCGUCGAGCAUCAACACUUGUACUUUGUCCGCGAAUCCGGACUCAGCGUGCUCCUCGACGCGCUAUCAGCAAUCACAGAUGAAGCAGACAGUCUCAAAACCAUCCCUCAACUCACAGCGUUCAAGCCUGAAGCUCUCAUCGCUGCCAGCCAGCAGCUGGACGACUUCCUGCCCUCGGCCCUGAUUGAUGCGGCUGAGAAUCUGAAACGCCUACGCAAUAGGAGUAUGAUUCAGGAGGUCACGGAGGAAGCGGCAGGCAAGUUUUGCGCCGACUUUGAGUCCGUCGAGAGGCGGAUUAUGGCGGCCGAUGACGUGUUGUUUGACGAGAAGGAAGAAAACGGAGACAUUGAUGAGGAGGAGGAUAUGGAGCCUGGAUUGAGGGAUUUGUUCCCCCGGACCAGUGGGGAGAUUAAAGUCUUGUUGAGUUGA